GCUCGACCCAAUUCUAAAGAGACUGCGCCGCAUCCCCCCAUGUUUUAGGGCGUAAAAUCAAACUGCGUUCAUAAAUCCAAAGAGAAACCAAUUUGAUACAGAAUUCGAAAUCAAAAGCAAGAGGAGAAGCAAGAAUCAUGGCCGAUUCCAGCAGCCCUAGCAUCAACAGCAGCAGGAGAAUGAAGUUUUUGAAAGCAGCGUUUCGCGCCAUGGAACCCCCAAACUGCUUCGUCUCCUUAGCCAAACAAAUUGGUGGCGGAUCAAUUACAGAAGAAGUUCAAACAUAUAUUUUGGAGCAUUGCAUUAAUAAUGUCGUUGAAGGGAAUGCAUAUAACAGUAUGUAUGUGAGAAAUAUUCUUAAGAAAAUCAUACUUGCUGCUGAAUCGACAUCUGAGGUUACAAUGGAUGGCUUGUAUGAACAACUCACCCUUCAUAUGACCUUACAGAGGGACGAAGACUCACUAAAAGAGAAAAGUAGAAUAUUUAAAGAAAUUUCUUUUCUUUUCCCAGGAUAUGACGACUGUUCAGAUUCUUUGGACUUGGUCUUUCCAUUGCAAUGUUCACUGAACAUGCUUGAAGGAGAUACUGGGUGCGCCCUUUGGCCAUCAAGCCUUUUCUUGUCAGAGAUCAUAGUUACUUACCAGGAUACUUUUUCAAAUAAAGUUUGCUUUGAGCAGGUUGGUUCUGGUGCUGGCUUGAUUGGUAUUUCUCUUAUACGUGUUGGAGCUUCUGAGGUGGUACUUACUGAUGGUGAUGAAUCGACUCUAGCAAACAUGAAGUACAAUCUUGAACUGAAUAAGUUACCCUUGGAGACCAAGGUGUUGCAAAAAACAAAUGUUGUGUGCAAACACUUAAAAUGGGAAUCUCCAUCAAAGCGUGAACUCCAACAUUAUCGGCCUGAUAUUGUCUUGGGUGCAGAUAUAAUUUAUGAUCCAAUAUGUGUGCCACAUCUCAUUCAAGUGCUUUCAAUCCUCUUGAGUGGUAAUGCAAAUGACUGUGAAUCUACACAUCAUGAUGAGGAUCAAAGGAAUAAUACUUCAGAUGGUGAUGUGAUGAAAGUGGAACCACCAAUUGCAUACAUAGCUCAAGUUAUUAGGAAUCAUGAGACAUUCAAUUACUUCCUUAAACUAGCGGAGGAAUCUUACCUCUGUGUUGUCGAUAUAACUGAGGAAAAGCAACCCUAUAACUUACUUCCUUACAUGCUCUCAUACGACCGAUCAUCUGUACGACUCUUUAAAGUAUCUUCAUUGAGAAACUGCAAUAUUUUGAGUUCGAGCGCAGUCUCAAUAAGAGAGUUAAGAGGUUUGCCGUGACGACUCAGACCCACACUGCCUGAAAAUGCAUUGAAGCAUUCAAGCUCUGACAUGGUUUCUGCAACAUUCUGAAGCUCAAUAUCCAUCUCAAAAUCAUUAAAGAACUUCAUGUACUUUUUAUCGGAAAUCAUCAGCCAAAUUGCUAGCUCGAUCAGAAACAUCCUGAUUCUUGGAACUUUUAUUGAUGGGUAAUUGUACACUUUCAGCAUUUGCACGAGUCUAUAUGCGAAUUGGACCUCUUGGAUGCAUGCUGCCUUCAGUUCUUGAGCAUAUUCAUUGUAGUUUAUGAACCUGAAGAUCUGAGUUGCGAGACCAAGUGAAACUUCCAGCAACUUCAUCUCUUCACCCAUGAUUGUAUUCAAUACCUGAGAAAGAUUAUAGUAUAGUUAGGAGUUCUAUUUGUUUUAUUUUGACUUGCAAGUUUUAAACUAGUAAUUCAGGGAGAAAUCUUACGAUAGGGAUAGCAGCAGUGACACCCCUCAACCGAGAAACACAAGCAGCUCCAUUGAA